AUGAAAAAUCUAACAAAGGAAGAAUUUGUGCACGUACUUCGCCAACGGAGAACUGGAUUUCCUAGAGGAAGCUCCAAAUACAGAGGAGUCACCUUGCACAAAUGUGGAAGAUGGGAAGCUAGAUUCGGCCAAUUUAUAGGCAAAAAGUACGUCUACUUAGGCUUGUUCGACGCAGAGAUCGAAGCAGCAAGGGCUUACGACAAAGCUGCGAUUAAGUACAAUGGCAAAGAUGCCGUCACCAACUUUGAUCCCAGCAUUUACGACAAUGAGCUCAACAAAGGUGAGACUCCUGGCAAUGGUGGAGAUCACAAUCUUGAUUGAGCCUGGGGAAUUC